UUGAAGACCAUAUUUCGGACAACAGGCUCAGGAAGUAUUCGAGAGCUAAGGAAGUUCUGGGUCGCCGGGAGCUUGGAGGAAGUAAUUUGUCUGCUUACGCCUUCUUUUCUUUUACCAUGGCAGAUCCUGUAGCGGUUCCGCAACGACAAGACGAAUCCUUCCUUCCAGCCCCGUUCAACACCACAGACCCGCCGCCGCAACUCGUAGCCCAAGGCGCCGAAGCCUUACUCUAUCGCACACACUUCCUCUCUCCCUCGACGCCCGCUGCACUAAAGGCUCGUCCGAGCAAACCCUACAGACAUCCAACUCUCGAUGCCCGACUCACGAAGCAGCGCGUGCUCGCUGAAGCGAGGGUCUUGGUCAAAUUGGCCGGGCUGGCGAGCGAUCCCGCAAACGAGAUCAAUGUCCCUGCUGUCCUGAGCCUCGAAUGGGAUGCCGCGAGGAAGGUAAAGGGACUGAGCGACGAGCAACGAGGUGCACGAAGCGGCGGAGCGGGUGCUUGGCUGCUGAUGGAGUGGAUCGAAGGGCGGAGUGUUAAGGACUUGUUGCGUCAAUGGGAUGAGUGGUAUAAGAAGAAUGCUGAUGUGCCAGCGGAAGAGAUUGCGCGUCAAGAGGACGAAGUGAAGAGACUGCUACGCAGGAUCGGGCGGGCCAUUGGAAACAUGCAUGACAAAGGCGGAGUGGUCCACGGUGAUCUCACGAGCAGCAAUAUCAUCAUUCGCCCAAAGAGCGGCGAGGUGAAUGGGUCGUCGAGCGCCGUCACUAAUGGCGACUUGAAAGAAAAGGAAGAACAAGACGGUCCAACCGCACCGGACUUGAACGGCGAGAUUGUUUUAAUUGACUUUGGACUCGCUACACAGUCGAUACAAGACGAAGAUCGAGCCGUGGAUUUGUACGUUCUCGAACGGGCAUUUGGAUCCACCCAUCCCAGACAAGAGGACUGGUUCGACGCUGAGGUGCUACAGAGUCAAGAUGGGUAUAGAGGAAGUUACAAGGGGUCAAAUGUCGUCCUAAAGAGGCUUGAGGAAGUCAGAUUGAGAGGCAGAAAGAGAAGUAUGAUCGGUUGAAAACAUCUUCGACGUUCUUCAUCGCACCAACGCCAUGCUAAAACAUAUCCAAAAUGCCCCCGCCACAGGUUUAUGAGAUCUCCACCGGCUUCUCCUCGAUGCAGCUGCCCAGCUGAGCAACCGCGAAAUAUCCUUUGUUUUCGAUCACACCACGGUUCUUGACCACAGCGGUAUAUUUGACCACCCACUGUGGCUCAAUAUCGCCUUUCAGGCCAGGCUCUUCAGGACCAGCGUCUGGAUGUGGAGCAAUGAUUCCAGCUCCAUCUUUGCCCGGACCUAGCAACUCCCUCGUCGUCCCAGGCGGCAGGAUGUCCAUGCAAUCAGCAUGGGUGAGCAGCUCAAUCUUAUUCUCCUUGGCAUACAUGAUCAGCGAUUUGGGCACAACACAACAGUCCUUGACAUUGAUCUGGUCCACUGUCGGCCGCACUUUGACCUCGGGCAAGAAUUUGCUUAGGCGCUCUGAGCUAAAUUCCGAGACGCCCAGCUGCGAUAUAACGUCUUUGUUAUGCAAGGAUUCCAGGACCUGCCAUGUCUUCAAUUGGGCGUCCAGACCCUCAGACUCGUCACUACCGGCGCUUUCAUCUUCGUCCGCUGAGACCUCCUCUUCAUCAUCGGCAUCGAAUGUUACACCAGGGAAACUGACAAUCAAAAGGUCGAUGUUUUCGAUGCCCAACUCUUUGAGAACUAAAUCGAUUGCAUCUCGGGUGUGUCUACAACGCCUCGAGCUCGGAAUACCUGGAAGAAAAAAGAGCUUGACAGUCACAUCGUACGAGUCUCGAGGCUCAGAGAGAGGCGUCGGUCGCCAGGACGGCACAUAGAGAGUGUCAUCUUCUUGAGUUGUCCAUUGUCUAUAGUUGAGUGGUUGGGAAUCUGCGCUAGCCGAACAAUGGUGCUGGAAAGAGGCAAAGUUUGCGCGCAAGGAGUUUAUGAGUUCGACGUUAGAUUUGGAAAACAGCGGCCGUCGGACAAUGGACUGUCCAGAGGACAUUAUAUUCCUGCGACCAUGGAAUUAGCCUAGAGAAGCGCCAGUCAAGCGAAACCCGUACGAGGUAGAGAGGAUCAACUUCAUCUUGCU